CAGUAGCUCUAAAACGUUUGUCACUUAAUUUCCAACUUUAUGAAAGAGUAUGAAAUCCACUGUUCAAAUAAAGAAAGAGUACGAAAUUUACUGCGCCGGAUGAGUCAUCAAUUAAUGAUAUGGAGAAUGGGAAAAAAGAUCCAAACUUUUGAAGUCAGCGGGAUCGUUCUAUUGUUGCUCCUCCUCCUCCUCUCUCUGCUCUCACCUCGGCGCUCCCGCAAAUUCCAGCAAUCUCACUGGUUCUGUCUCUGUCUUCUCUCUCUGUCUCUCUCUGUCUCUGUGAAAUAUAUGUAGAUAUAUGUAUGGAUACAAUAUAUGUUAUUUACUUGGCUUGCUAAUCUACGGCGUGGGACAACGUGUUUGUCGAAAUGCUUCACCCACGUGCGAUUCCAGCUUGAGAUUUAUCCCUCGCGCAAAUUGGCAUAUAUAUACAUCGUACGACCAGAAGGGUCUGCGAAUUUUAACUGCCCUGAAAAUAUGGGAUCCGUUUACUGGGGAUGUAAGAGCAUAUGGCAGCUUCGCUAGAUGGAACCCAACUGCGAAGAAUGAAGAUUCCCCUUGAACAUCAAGGUUUGUCAUCAAGCUCUCUGUUGCUUAUGCCAAGAUACAUUCGAGUGGCAUGGUUAAUCAUCCAUCUCCUCCUUAGCAUGGUGUUUAGUGGCUUGACAUUGCGGUCUCAGUUAUGAAUCACCACUCUAUGUGGCUGGCUCCAGUACAAGCGGAGAUUAACUUGCAUUGGAGUUUGAGUUAAGAAGAAACUAGCGAAUAAAGCUGGUGCUGCUGAUUAUUCUCAUACUGUUCUACCAUGACACUCUCACAUUCCUAUAAUCUUGGGUUGUCUUCUCCUAUGUCAGGAGCAGUUCCUUUGGACUUUGGAUUAAAAUCGGUUAAACAAUCAUCAUCAUGUGUUGCCAUUGCGUUGGCCGAAGGAAGUAAAGAACAAAUAAGUGAUAUGUUUAACAAGGUUGAACUCUCUCUUUCUUCAUAUGACACUGCUUGGGUGGCUAUGGUCCCUUCGCCUUGUGCUCCACAAAGCCCCCAUUUCCCUAGGUCUUUGAGUUGGUUGAUGAAUAAUCAAUUAUGCGAUGGUUCUUGGGGUCUCCCUGAUCAUCAUCCAUUAUUAAUCAAGGAUGCUUUGUUAUCGACUUUAGCAUGUGUCCUUGCACUUAAGCAAUGGGGAGUUGGUGAAAGGCAGAUAAACAAAGGCCUUGAAUAUAUCGCUUCAAAUUCUGCUUCUGUAACUGAUGACAGGCAACAUACACCAAUUGGAUUCAAUAUUUUGCUUUCUGGCAUGAUUGAGCAGGCUGAUUGCCUAAAUUUAAACAUUCCCUUGAGACCUACAGAUGUAGAUUAUGUGUCUUCCAAGAGAAAUUUGGAAGUGAAGAGAGGUUUAUCAGGGAUUAGUGGAAGAUACUUGUCUUAUGUUGCGGAAGGAAUGGGAAGUUCAGCAGACUGGGAAAUGAUUAUGAAAUAUCAACGGAAAAAUGGGUCAAUAUAUAAUUCACCAGCGACCACAGCUGCUGCUCUAACUCACCUUCAAAAUGCCAGUUGUCUACACUACCUUGAAUCAGUACUAGAGAAAUUUGGUGAUGCAGUUCCAACAAUCUAUCCUUUGGAAAUAUAUGCUCGUCUAUGCAUGAUAGAGAAUUUGGAGAGAUUGGGCAUUGAUCAUCAUUUCAGAAAGGAAAUAAUUCACGUAUUGGAUGACACGUACAGAUGCUGGCUGCAAGGCGAAGAAGAGUUAUUUCUGGACAUUGCCACCACCGCAAUGGCAUUUAGGAUACUGCGAUCCUAUGGAUAUGAUGUCUCUUCAGAUGCAUUGAGUCAAUUUGCCGAAGAGGAUCAUUUUUGCAAUACACUUGAAGGACAUGUGAAGGAUGCUGGCUCUGUCUUGGAAUUGUAUAGGGCUUCACAGCUGAUCAUCAAUGAUGAUGAAAUUAUUCUGGAUAAAAUCAAUUCUUGGACCAGUGAAUUUCUUAGAAAGGGUUUACACACUGGUGAAAUGCAUGCCAAUAGACUUAAGAGUUAUUUAAGUCGAGAGGUGGAUGAUGCUCUGAGAUUUCCUCUCCAUGCAAACUUGGAAAAGGUAGCGAACAGGAGAAAUAUAGAGCUCUACAACAUAGACAGUACGAGAAUUCUAAAAUGUGGUCUCCGGUCCCAUAAUUUUUGCAACAAAGAUUUCCUGAAUCUGGCAGUGAAGGACUUCAACAACUGUCAAGCAAUAUACCAAGAAGAACUCAAAUAUCUGGAAAGAUGGGUCAAAGAGAAAAGGUUAGACAAACUGAAAUUUGCCCGACAGAAGCUGGCAUAUUGUUACUUUUCUGCUGCAGCAACCUUUUCAACCCCUCUACUAGCAGAGGCUCGCAUUUCUUGGGCCAAAAAUGGUGUCCUCACAACAGUGGUUGACGACUUCUAUGAUGUUGGUGGCUCCGCAGAGGAGCUUGAAAAUCUUAUACAGUUGGUUAAAAAGUGGAAUGUAAACUUCAGUGCUGACUGCUGUUCUGAGCAAGUUCAAAUCAUAUUUUCAGCACUUCAUUCUACUAUUUCUGAGAUUGGAGACAAAGCAGUAACAUGGCAAGGAAGAAACGUGACGGGUCAUGUGGCUCAAAUUUGGUUAGAAUUGCUCGACUCUAUGUUGAUUGAGGCCGAGUGGACAAGAAAGAAGGCAGUGCCGACAAUGGAUGAAUACAUGGCAAAUGGAUUCGUCUCAUUUGCUUUGGGACCUAUUGUUCUCCCGGCUCUCUACCUUGUUGGUCCUAAACUUUCGGAGAAGCAGGUCGAAAGCCUUGAGUACCACAACUUAUUCAGGCUGAUGAGCACUUGUGGGCGCCUUCUGAAUGAUAUGCAUGGUUUCAAGAGGGAAUCCAAGGAAGGGAAGUUGAACGCCGUGACAUUGCAGAUGCUUGAUGGGAGCAGCACCAGCGAAGGAGAGGCCACGGAGAGUAUCGCCAGUAUCAUCAUCAGCAAGAGGAGGGAGCUCUUAAAGCUGGUUUUGCAAGAAAAGGAUAGCAUGGUUCCAAGAGCUUGCAAGGACUUAUUUUGGAAAAUGAGCACCGUGUUGCACUUCUUCUACAUGGAUGAUGAUGGCUUCACUUCAGAUGAGAAGACUAGUGCUGUUAAAGCUCUCCUUGAUCAACCAAUCACUCUCAAUGAACUGUAAUUAUCUUGAGAGAGCAUGCCGAACUCUUAUAAUACUGCUGCUUAUGUAAGUGUGAAUAUCGGUUGUGCUCGUCUAUCGCGUGACGAUAUGAACUAACAUUUCUGCACCUAAUGACAAGGGCGCGAUCAUAUCCUACUUCAUGAUCCUUGUUUUUCAGUUA